AUGGGAGAUCUUACGGUUGCUAAGGUGAAACAGAAAAAGACAGGAUCAUCCUCGAUCAAGUGUCCCGUACUGAGUGCCACAAACUACACAGUAUGGGCGAUUAAGAUGAAGAUCCUACUAAAGGUACUCAAGGUAUGUGAUAUUAUUGAAGCUGAAGGAGGAGAUGAUGAGAAAAAACAACAUGGUCAUGGCGUUGUUGGUCCAAUCAAUACCCGAAACCCUUGUUCUACAAGUCGGAGAAUUGGACACAGCAAAGAGGGUUUGAGAGAAUUUGACCGUCUAAAGAUGAAAGACAACGAAACCAUUGAUGAGUUCACAGGAAGAAUUUCUGAAAUUUCCUCAAAAUCUGCUGCACUUGGAGAAGAGAUAGAGGAAUCAAAACUUGUCAAGAAUUUUCUUAAAAGUCUUCCAAGGAGAAAAUAUAUACAUAUCGCAGCUGCAUUGGAGCAAGUAUUGGACCUUAAAACUACUAGUUUUGAGGAUAUUAUCGAACGGCUAAAGGCCUACGAAGAGCGUAUCAGUGAGGAAGAAGAGACGUCUGAAGAGCAGAGUAAACUCAUGUAUGCUAACUCAGAGCAACAAACCCAUAGUUCUAAUGGCGAAUAUAGAGGCCGUGGUCGUGGAGGAAGAGAAGGUAAACCCAAUACGUUUGAGACAACCCUAGACAAAAACAAUAUGUGGUAUCUAGACAAUGGUGCUAGUAAUCACAUGACGGGAGAUCGCUCUUACUUCACCAUCCUCGACGAGACAAUCACUUGCAAAGUUAAGUUUGGUGAUGACUCUCGCAUUGACAUAAAGGGAAAGGGAUCCAUUAGCUUUGUCUUCUAG